GGUACUAAACUUCUAUUUAAGGACAAAAAAUUUGGCUUCCGAAAUUCAAACUACAAAGUGCGUGCGAUAAAAGAGAUUGACUGGUCCUUAGGUGUGAAAACGAGGCUUUAUUGAAAUGGCUGUGUUUCUGAUGAACGUAUGUAAGUUCCGUGAUUGUGGGUUAAAUUUCUCCACUUUAACGGAUCUUAUCCAACACAUCGAGGACGCUCACAUAGACACUGAUCCCUGCACAUUAGAAAAACAAGAAUUGCAACAACCACCGGCGUUAGCUCUUAGUUAUGUUUUGAGGGCAUAUUCUGAUGCCACUAGAAGGGAAAUCGAAGCUCAAAAGAAGAAAGUUGUUAUAUGUCAAGUCCAGUCACUGACAUCGUUCACAGAAUUAAACAGAUCACAGACCCCUACUAGUCCAACAGAUUUACUAAGUGGUACAGACACAUAUCAGGGUAGUGACAUUGCUGAGGACAGUGAUGACUCAUACACUACAAGGGAUGACUUUACAUCUGAUAGUAUACUCAGUGGUGCUAUGAAUAGAGAAGGAAGCAGUGACAAGCCAUAUAUAUGUCCAGUCCCAAGCUGUAAGAAGCGAUACAAGAAUGUCAAUGGUAUAAAAUACCAUGCCAAACAUGGCCAUAAGACUGAUGGAAGAAUAAAGAAAUCUUACAAAUGUCGCUGUGACAAAAGUUACUGUACAGCUUUUGCUCUCCGUCAACACAUGAUGGCAGCCCAUCCCCCCGCAGAGCUCACAACUGUCAGCCAUCCAACACCACCAAAGAAACAAGUCCUGGUCAGUGAUAUUCCAAAAAUCUCAAACAUUACACGACUUGCAAUAGCUGUUCCAAACUCCAUGUUUUCAACUUUACCGAUUGGCGAUAUUCCUAGCGUUGAACUACCAGGGACAUCUAUUGUUCAAAUGGAGUGUAAGGAUAACACAGAACAAAGAUUUGCUCAAUAGAUACAAUAAUGCUGACACAAUCUAGAAUACAAUAAUGGAGAUUGUUGACACAAUGCAGGACACAGCCAGAUUUGAAACACAAUGCAAGAAAUCGUUGUGAAAUUUAGAGACACAAUGAAGGGAGAAAACAAUGCUUACAUCACGAGGCACAAUAUAGGUUGAAGAUUGGGUAAUUUAAUAUACUUAAUUUAUAUGAACUCUGGUGAUUUGUUUUAUACUAGAUAAAUUGGUGCAAUAAAUAGGAUGCACUAGAUAGUGUAGUGUACAAGAUGCACUAGAAAGAUUAGUGCAAUGUACAUGGUGCAUUGAAUAGAUUGGUACAAUUGACAUGACACAGUGUGCAGUAUUAAAAGAAAUGUGAAAAAGAUUUAGUUAAAAUCAUGCAUGCGCCAUUUAAAAAAAAAUUGGGAUCAGUUCAUGUUGGUUCAUAUGUUUUUUAAUGAUUGGUCUGAUAAUCAAGGAAAAAUCUUAAUUUCAUACUUUUGAGAUGCUUUUAACUAGAGGUGUCAUGAAUAGCAGAUUUUGUUCCGACCCCCAGAAUAAACAAAACAGCAUUUUCUUUCAAUUUUUUUGCCACAAAGGAAGUUCACUUUUUCACUCCUUCUCAUUAAAGAGUUUUGAAGGGCUUUUUGCUCCCAGAUAGACCUAGUGGAUCAACUUAUUUUAGAAUUAAAGAAAUUUUGUACAUGCAGUCAAUUUGUUCUGAAGUGUUCUCAAAUUGUUCCGUUCUGAGGCCAAGUGUUCAGAACCGAACCCUUAUGAUUUUUUUUAUACCAUGACACCUCUAUUAAAUUACUAUUAUACAGAUUAAGUAAUGUUUAAAUACGAGGUAUAGUUGUAGUUUUAAUAUAUGUGUAACUAUAUCUAGCAUUUGCAGUUAAUUCCAUGACUUUGAAAAUUGCAGUAAAUAUGGAUGAUUGUUUUUAAGACCAAUGGACAUUUGACCAGUGAAUCUCAGGCAUUAAGAAUAAUGCCACAUUUGCAGUAAAUCAUAUAUAUCAGGCUAUCCUAUAUCUCUAAAUGUAUUUUGUAAUCAUAUAUUUUCAAAUUAUGUUUAAUCAAGUUAUUGUUUAACGUUAUACAUGUAUUAUAUAUAUUUAGAUAUUGUAGAUUUAUGUAUAUAAAAGGUAAGGAUAUGGCUGAAUACCUGUACAACAUAUUUUAAUGAUUGACUAAAAUUUGAAAAUCACUUUUCAUCUUCUCUCAUAUUAUUCUCCUAGCUUUUUCCAAAAGGAAGUCACUUAAUAUUAUGUAGCUGAUCAUCAGAUUAUGUUAUUAUCACCACAAUUUAAAAGCCACCUAGAAUAUGUUUUGUUGUAGAGUUUGCUUAAAGGUGCUGUUGUUGACCU